GCACCAAUACUUCCCAUAUUCAGAGAAGCCAUACUUAACGGUAAUCCAGAGCAGAAAGAACAAGCGGCUCAUGGGUUGAGUGAAGUGAUUGAACUGACGAGUGCCGAGGCAUUAAAGCCAUCGGUGGUGAACAUAGCGGGCCCUUUGAUCCGCAUUUUGGGCGAUCGGUUCACGUGGAACGUAAAAGUGGCCGUUUUGGACACAUUGUCUUUGCUUCUGAGUAAAGUGGGCGCACUUUUGCGACCAUUUAUACCACAAUUACAGCAGACAUUUAUCAAAGCGCUUAACGAUGGCCACAGAAGUGUCCGCUUGAGAGCGGCCAACGCUUUGAGUCAAUUGAUUACAGUUCACAAUCGAUGUGAUCCAGUAUUCACCGAAUUACACAAUGCCAUCAAAAGCAGUGCCAAUAGUGACGACUGGGCACUCCGGGACACAAUGCUUCACGCGUUACGACUUUCUAUAACACCCGCCGGCGAUAAGAUGUCUGAUUCAGUGCGCCGUCAGCUGACGGCUACUAUAGUAUCGCUGUUGGGAUUACCGGAUGACUCGUGUCGGUCCACUGCCGGCGCCUGUUUAGGGGUGUUGUGUGCGUGGCUUCCAAACGAUGAGCUCAACUCUAUAGCUAAAGACCACUUACUGGACGACGAUUUGACGGUUGACUGGACUCUACGUCACGGGAGAUCAGUUGCGCUCCGCAUCUCUUUGAAAGAGGCGUCCAAUCGAUUGAUUAAAGAGGAAUGGGUUGACAGGAUUUGCAAAACUCUCAUCGCGUUUAUCAACUCAGAUAGAGUUCAGAUUGUGAUCAAUGGCAUCAAAGGGUCCGCAUAUCUCAUCAAACAAUAUUUGGUCAAAUCCCAAAUUCCUCCGCAAAUACUUCUCACAGCCUUCGCAAGGGGAUUGAAUCACACGAGCAAUGAAGUGAAGCAAACGGUCGCCAUUUCGACCACAUUUAUCGCUAAAUCGAGUGACGGAUCGUUUCCAUCGGUUCUCUUCAAGACAUUAGUACCACUUCUGGUGAACGGAACGAAAGAGAAGAAUUCAAUGGUUAGAGUAAACUCAGAACACGCUUUAGUGGCGUUCCUCAAACUCAGAUCCGGUGAUGAAGUAUUGAACGCGUGUUUAUCGGCUCUGGAUUCGGGUGCUGUUGAGUCACUACAAGACUGUAUAAAUAAGACGCUAAAGAAGAUCGCAGCGCAACAACACGAACCUAAGGAAGAGGAGUUCGACGACUCCUUACUUAUAUAAGCCUUUAAUCUAUUAAAUGAUUUAUUAAUAAAAUAAUUAUUUAAAUAAAACUUUUGUUAAAGCGAUUAAAAAUUAAAAGA